AUGGUUUACUCUCCCAUGUCUCGCCCCCAAGUUCCACUGACAUUUCGUCAAUGGCCUCCGUAUGACUACAAAACUGACCCAUUGACUAUUCCAAGAUUUCCAAACAGUACUCCAUUACAAAACACUUCAUCUUUACCCACUAGUUCUUCACUUUUGGACACCUAUGGCUCUUCUUUACUUUCCAAAUCGGCAAACACAUUGGGAAAUUUAAAACCCGCAAACAACACCGUCCUUUCUCCUGAUGAGACUUUUCCUUCAACAGUGAUGCCCCAGUAUCGCUCUAUGGAUGUUGGUACUCCUAAAUCUCCUGAUGCCGAUGGCUGGCCUUGGCACUUGACUUCCAACAAUACCCAGGGUUAUGCAUGGUCUCAAUCCUUCAAUCCCAAUGCUUCUGCAAAUUAUUUGCACUCUUCUUCCCGUAAUCUAAAUGAUUAUCCUUCGCCUAUUUCAUCCUUAGACAGCCUUCCCUCGAAAAGUAGUGUGGGUAGUUCCGGUUUAGAUUUUCAUCCUAUACCAUCUAGUUUGAAUGAUGAUGCCAAGCCUACGCCAUAUCCCAUGAACAUGGCUGGUGUUUCAAUGGGUGAAGCUUCUUCUCAUCCUUCGUUUACCUUUGCACAAAAUUCUGUUGAUCGUGUUUUCAAUCCUAAACCAAAGUUGUAUUAUCCUUCCAAGUCAUCGACGAAUGUUCGUACCACUAAACCCGUUUUAUCCAGACAAUCUUAUUCUUCUGGAUCAAUCCCGUCAAUUCCUUUAAAGUCAAGUAUAAACACCACCGUCGGUGCACAACCGUCUGCUCUUUCAAACCAAAUUUCCCCUGUCGUCGGUACUCCUGUUCUAAACUCUUCAAAAUUUUCAGCCGGUGCUCUUCCAGAACAAGCAUCUCCUGAACAACUAAAGCAAACCAAUAUCAACAAUGCUGCCAAUCAACGUCCUCGUGCUGCCACUCCUGGAAGUAAUAACGGUUCUACCACUUCUACUGGAAAACGCGCUUUAUAUAAGACUGAACCGUGCAAAAACUGGCAAACAACUGGUAAUUGCCGCUACGGUAAUAAAUGUCAGUUUGCUCAUGGUGAUGAUGAAUUGAAGGAGCCUCCUCGUCAUCCUAAAUACAAGAGUGAACCAUGCCGCUCUUUUAUGCUAUACGGUUACUGCCCCUAUGGAUUAAGAUGCUGUUUUUUGCACGAUGAGCAAAGAUUUUUGAACAGUCAGCAAAAUAUUCAGGAAGUUAUUAAUACGGAUAUAAAAUAA